AUGGCUCGCUUGAACGAGUCAACAGCUUCAGCUGAGCCUAUUGAGAUCUUGAAAAGACGAUUCGUCCGACAGAACCGCGAAAUUGCCCGAGUCAAUUCGAUACAGUCUUUGCGAAUCCGAGGCCUUGAGUCUGAGGUCUCCCAUCUGCUUUCAGAAAAUGUGUCUCUCAGGGAGCAGGUUAUAACACUUACGCAAGAAUUGGAGCGGUUCGAGGCAGCCAAGACUCUUCGCGACGGUGUUUACGACAUAAAAACAAGGCUGGACAGCAAAUUGGUGGAGUUGGGCAGUCUAGUAAACGAGCUCGGUAAUUUGCCGCGCCAGUAUUCAAAGACUACCCGUGAACGCGCCGAAUCUGAACUGGAGUCACCUACUGAGAGAGAUUCGAGGCGACCAAGCUCUGUUAACCAGGUCAACGGCGCAGACCCAGAACCAGCCUUGGACGUCGAAGUAGAUGGAAGGCUUCCUGUAAUAUUGGAAGAUAAAUACUAUCCACGGCGUACUUUGGAGGCACGAGAAUUACAGCAACUCUCGAAUGAUAAUUGGGGAGUUUCUUGCUCCCUAAUAUCGGGGGACGCCAGAACAUCUCCGACACACACACCUGAGCACAAUGCUUCACCCACAGUUACCCCAGCAAAGAUUACGGACAUACAGCCAUUUGAGGAAUAUGCGGUGGACGAACAUUCGUUGCCCCCAAAUCUAGAAACGAGGAGAAAGAAGAAGGCGGGCUCGGUUACGAUGGAUGAAGAUAGGUCCACUGGAGAGACCAUAUCCCUAUUCGACUCGAAAUUUAUGCGAAAAUGUGGAGCAAAGCGCAAGUUCUCAGCCGAAGAUGGGGAAAGCUUGUUCGAGUCAACUCCAGCAGAGGACGACGGCUUUGAAUUUACUAGGCCCAAUUCCUCUCCAAAGAAACUAGUUUCAAAAAGUGAUCAAUCUCCAGUGAAGAGGAGGCCUCAGUCUCGAGUGGGAACCACAGGCAUUGGUCAACCCAAGCGAAAAGUGCUUGAACCAAAAAAUACGAACCUGAGCAUAACUUCUCCUGCGAGGCCAAUCAGACCGAAAAAUUACGACAAAUUGCAGAAUCCUGCAACCCCCGGUGAAAUUGAGAACUCUUAUCCAAUGCAGGGGCAAAACGUGUCUCAAAAAAAAGGGAUUACGCCCGUUCAUGAGGACAGGCUGAGUGCGGUUUUCGAUAAACACGAGGAAAAGGCUGAGACUCAAUUACAUCAACAACCACUUCAAGGUGUCGACCGUGACGUUCCUGCAGCAAAUGAUAUAUCCAACGCACGGCCCUCGAGGCGUCAGAGAGCUGUUGUGAGCUACGCAGAACCAAACCUGAGGGAUAAGAUGAGACGAUCGACCAACGAGCUUGGUCCAGCUGUGGGGAAGGAUAAUGCACGGAGAUCCAGCUCCCAGACGGAAUCUGCUCGCGACCAACGACACAAGGAUGAAACUACUCAGAAAUCUCGAAAGUCCGGCGUCACGGUUGGGGACCCUGAAGCAAAUGAUGCCGAUACCCUUGCAGGCAAUUCAAACCGCCAGAUGGGCAUGAUCUCCCACAGAAAGCCUAGAAGUCUGGGCCGAACUGUUGACGAGACUGAAGGGGAUUGCGUGAAAGGCAACUCACUUUCCGGGCGCAACGACCAGGAAUCAGUCAACCAGUCCAGCACAAGCUUAGCAAGUGUUGAUAUCGCCCACGGUAAGGUGUCUUUUUCCAAGGAGUCAGUCACAUCUGCGGCUAUGUACCGUGCAGCAUUAGAAACAAGUAAGAAGUCUCGACGGCAUUCCUCAAACACUAGGACCUCUGGACGAAGUACUACACCUAAGUUUCCAGCAGAUUAUCUAGACGAGGGGGCCGAAAGCAAUGGGUCGGCCACUGUACAUGAGACAGCGAAAGAUGGACCUGCAGCUGGGGACUCGCAGUACAGCGAUGCGCCAUUUAUCAUGGAAUCAAGGGAGAUGACGAGAGGCCAGCGAGUCGCUGCUAGACGACGAAGUAUGAUGUUAUAA